CCGCGCCGUCUCUGAUGCUCGGCCCGGCGCGCACCAUGGGGCCGCUGUGGCUCUGCUGCCUGCCCCUCGCCCUCCUGCCGCUGCUCGCCGCCGUGGAAGAGACCUUGAUGGACUCCACAACGGCAACGGCAGAGCUGGGCUGGACGGUACAUCCUCCCUCAGGGUGGGAAGAAGUGAGUGGAUAUGACGAGAACAUGAACACAAUCCGCACCUACCAGGUGUGCAACGUCUUUGAAUCCAGCCAGAACAACUGGCUCCGGACCAAGUACAUCCGGAGGCGGGGUGCCCACCGCAUCCAUGUAGAGAUGAAAUUUUCUGUUCGGGACUGCAGCAGUAUCCCUAAUGUUCCAGGCUCAUGUAAGGAGACUUUUAAUCUCUACUACUAUGAAUCAGACUUUGACUCGGCCACGAAGACUUUUCCCAAUUGGAUGGAAAACCCGUGGAUGAAGGUAGACACAAUUGCUGCUGAUGAGAGUUUCUCACAGGUGGACCUAGGUGGCCGGGUGAUGAAGAUUAACACUGAGGUGCGCAGCUUUGGGCCUGUCUCCAAGAAUGGUUUCUACCUAGCCUUCCAGGACUAUGGAGGCUGCAUGUCCUUGAUUGCAGUCCGUGUCUUCUACCGCAAGUGUCCCCGCGUGAUCCAGAACGGGGCUGUUUUCCAAGAGACCCUCUCAGGAGCAGAGAGCACCUCGCUGGUGGCAGCCCGGGGAACAUGCAUCACCAACGCGGAGGAGGUGGACGUGCCCAUCAAGCUAUACUGCAACGGGGAUGGCGAGUGGCUGGUGCCCAUUGGCCGCUGCAUGUGCAGGGCAGGUUAUGAAUCAGUGGAGAAUGGGACCGUCUGCAGAGGCUGCCCAUCAGGGACGUUCAAGGCCAGCCAAGGGGACGAAGGAUGCGUUCACUGCCCGAUUAACAGCCGGACGACUUCGGAAGGGGCCACUAACUGCGUGUGCCGAAACGGAUAUUACCGGGCAGAUGCUGAUCCUGUCGACAUGCCGUGCACCACCAUCCCAUCUGCCCCCCAGGCUGUGAUCUCCAGCGUGAACGAGACCUCCCUGAUGCUGGAGUGGACCCCGCCGCGGGACUCCGGGGGCCGGGAGGAUCUGGUGUACAACAUCAUCUGCAAGAGCUGUGGCUCCGGCCGCGGAGCUUGCACGCGCUGCGGGGACAACGUGCAGUUCGCCCCGCGCCAGCUGGGCCUGACGGAGCCUCGCAUCUACAUAAGCGACCUGCUCGCCCACACGCAGUACACCUUCGAGAUCCAGGCUGUGAACGGGGUCACCGACCAGAGCCCCUUCUCCCCGCAGUUCGCCUCUGUUAACAUCACCACCAACCAAGCUGCUCCUUCUGCUGUUUCCAUCAUGCAUCAGGUCAGUCGCACUGUGGACAGCAUUACCCUCUCAUGGUCUCAGCCGGACCAACCCAACGGCGUCAUCCUGGAUUACGAGCUGCAAUACUAUGAGAAGGAUCUGAGUGAAUUAAAUUCAACAACAGUGAAGAGCCCCACCAACACUGUGACAGUGCAGAACCUCAAAGCUGGCACCAUCUACGUCUUCCAGGUGCGGGCACGUACCGUAGCUGGUUAUGGCCGGUACAGCGGCAAGAUGUAUUUCCAGACCAUGACCGAAGCUGAAUACCAGACCAGUGUCCAGGAGAAGCUGCCGCUCAUCAUUGGCUCCUCCGCGGCAGGACUGGUGUUCCUCAUUGCUGUGGUCGUCAUUGUGAUUGUGUGCAACAGAAGACGGGGCUUUGAGCGUGCGGACUCUGAGUACACUGACAAGCUGCAGCACUAUACCAGUGGCCACAGUACGUACCGCGGCCCGUCAGGCUUGGGGGUCCGCUCUCUCUUCGUGACCCCAGGGAUGAAGAUUUAUAUUGACCCCUUCACCUACGAAGAUCCAAAUGAGGCUGUCAGGGAAUUUGCAAAAGAAAUCGAUAUCUCUUGUGUCAAAAUCGAGCAGGUGAUCGGGGCAGGGGAGUUCGGUGAAGUGUGCAGUGGGCAUCUUAAGCUUCCUGGCAAGAGAGAGAUCUUUGUGGCCAUCAAGACCCUGAAGUCUGGUUACACGGAGAAGCAGAGAAGAGACUUCCUGAGUGAAGCAAGCAUCAUGGGGCAAUUCGACCACCCCAACGUCAUCCACUUGGAGGGAGUGGUGACCAAGAGUUCUCCAGUCAUGAUCAUCACUGAGUUCAUGGAGAACGGCUCACUGGACUCCUUCCUACGGCAAAAUGACGGGCAAUUCACCGUGAUCCAACUGGUGGGCAUGUUGCGGGGCAUCGCGGCAGGCAUGAAGUACCUGGCCGAUAUGAACUACGUGCACCGGGACCUGGCCGCCCGCAACAUCCUGGUGAACAGCAACCUGGUCUGCAAAGUGUCUGACUUUGGCCUCUCGCGUUUUCUAGAGGAUGACACCUCCGAUCCCACCUACACCAGUGCACUGGGCGGGAAGAUCCCAAUACGGUGGACGGCGCCUGAGGCAAUUCAAUAUCGAAAAUUCACAUCAGCCAGUGAUGUGUGGAGCUAUGGAAUAGUCAUGUGGGAGGUGAUGUCAUAUGGCGAGCGGCCUUACUGGGAUAUGACCAAUCAAGAUUCCCGCUCCCCCUGUGUGUCCGCUCCCCUCCUUUCUGUCUCGGAUAGAUCCGCCAUCCAGAGAGAGAGCUGGGAGAGGGGACAGUUUGCAUCUCUCAGGAGAGUCCCUGAACAGGAGCCAAGAGCUGCACAAAGCCCACUAGCGAUUCCUCAGGUGAUAAAUGCUAUUGAGCAGGACUAUCGACUGCCACCUCCUAUGGAUUGUCCAAAUGCCCUGCACCAGCUAAUGCUUGACUGUUGGCAGAAAGACCGAAAUCAUAGACCCAAAUUUGGGCAAAUUGUCAACACCUUAGAUAAAAUGAUCCGAAACCCCAAUAGCCUGAAAGCCAUGGCACCUCUCUCCUCUGGGAUCAACCUUCCUCUACUUGACCGCACAAUCCCAGAUUAUACCAGCUUCAACACUGUGGAUGAAUGGCUGGAUGCCAUCAAAAUGAGCCAGUACAAGGAGAGCUUUGCCAGUGCUGGCUUCACCACCUUUGAUGUAGUAUCUCAGAUGACUGUAGAGGACAUUCUGCGAGUUGGGGUCACUUUAGCAGGACACCAGAAGAAAAUACUGAACAGUAUCCAGGUGAUGAGAGCACAGAUGAACCAAAUCCAAUCUGUGGAGGUUUGAUAGCUACACGUCCUCAUACUCCUCUUCCUCAAGGCCCUGCUCCCCUUUGCCCCUGUAUGUCCAAGCUCCAGUUCUUGAGUGUUCUGCAUGGACCAGAGACAGGCAGCUGCUCUGAGGAUCAUGGCAACAGGAAGAAAUGUCCUAUCAUCAAUAAUGAGAAGUCGCCAAGAGCUUCUAGAAUUUUAGCAAUGGAAAAAGGGAACAAAAAGACAACUAUUUUGAAAAAAAAACCUAUGAAAUAUUUUUAAAUAAUAAUAAUAAAGCAAUUGCAUUCUUGAAAAGGGCUCCAAAAUCAGUGGGAGUCUCCAAAGGAAGAGAAAAAAGCAGCUUCAUCUGCUUCCUCUUGCACAAGGCUGCUGCAGCUGGGCCCAGACAUCUCUGGAGCAAUGAGACUUUUUCAAGAAGAUGAACACAAAGAAAAGUCAUGGGAAGCACUUCUCUUUCUCAUGUAGGAUGGCAACUCUGGGAAAGUCCCACAGCCAGCCAUCCUUCCCGAAAGCCCUUGUUAGCAGAUCAAAGGGGAGAGAGCUGAAGCUCUUCGGUGCUGUGGAACCAAGUGCAUCUCAGAAAUUGAUGGACUUCUUCAAAAGCUGAAGAUUUUUUUUUAAACAAAUAAACUGAGACUAGAAGAGGCUGUUUCUGACAAAUAAGAAGGAAUCUGUAACACUCGGGGGAGGGGUGGGGAUGGGGAAAACCAAUCCUUUUUACAUCUCUUAUUUUCUCUUGUCAUGGAACAGUUUUGAGAGUGACAGUUUCCUAAGGGUCCGUCCAUCCACCCUCCAAUGGCAUCAUUGUCUCAUACAUAUCAUAUGCACAAGACUUUUAGUGAUGUCCUCACUAGAUGCCAAUGAUCUUUUCCCAGAAGACUUCCCAAGUACAGUAUGUAGUAGUUUUUGAUUACAAAUGCUGACGUGUACCUUUAUUUUUCAGUUGUUGUUGUUUGGAGAUUUGUCCUUUUACCUUGUUUUGUUAACAUCAAUUUGCGAGUUUGGGGUUGGAAUUUUUUGGUUGGUUGUUUUUCUUUUUUUUUAAUGAAAAAGAAAUGACAUUUCCAACCAUCAUAUCAUUCAAGAACUUAAAUCCUUUCCUUGUGGAAGGAGAUAUUGCAGCUUAUUGACAAUAUGCCAGGAGAAAAAUUUUUUAUAUGCA